AGUCAAACCAUUGCUCCACUUUCCCCCUGUGCCGCCUUGAUGGGCGGUGAGGAUGCGUUUUAGAAUAACUUUUUAGUUCUUUAGAAUUAUUUUUUAACUAGGACACACACACAGACCCUCCUUUCCUUUUUUUUUUUUCUAUUUAUCUUUCAUAAAAAUGUUGCGGGUUGUGGUAGAAUCUGCGAAAGCCUUGCCCAAGAAGACUCUUGGAAGUCCGGAUCCGAUUGUUUCUGUGACAUUUAAAGAUGUAAAGAAGAAAACCAAAACAGUUAAAAGUGAAGUCAAUCCAGUCUGGAAUGAGGUGCUCGAGUUUGACCUGAAAGGGAUACCGCUGGACUCCUCCUCGUACAUUGACGUUGUUGUGAAAGACUACGAAACGCUUGGGAAAGAUAAAUUCCUUGGCUCUACAAAAGUCUCCCUGAAAGAUCUUGCCGCGGGCCAGUCCACCUCCCUGCCAUCCAAAAAUGUGCCCUUGGCCAGUGAGGACGGGCAGAGCAUGGGGGCUACGAUCGACCUGGUUAUCGCCUAUGACCCACCUCCCAACGCUACCCCCCAGGGAGGGGGCGAUACCAUGGUGGACUCCGGUGGUGGGGGUGAGGAGGGGACUGACGCGGGCCCCCCCGGUCAUGCUGGAGGUUCUCGAGGGGUAGUAGCAUUCCGGCGGCGUGAUCGGAGUUCCAGGAGUCACCUGGCUAACAAACCACAGGACUUCCAGAUCCGUGUCCGUGUGAUUGAGGGCCGUCAGUUGCUAGGCAAUAACGUCAAACCGGUGGUGAAGGUGAACGUGAGUGGAGAGACCCACAGGACGAGGAUCAGGAGAGGCAACAACCCCUUCUUCGAUGAGGUCUUCUUCUACAAUGUGCACAUGUUGCCAUCAGAGCUGUUUGAUAAGAGCAUCAACAUUCGUGUGUACGACUCCUACUCUCUCAGGGCGGAUGCCCUCAUGGGGGAGUUUAUGGUGGACGUUGGUUACGUCUAUGAUGAACCUGCCCACUGUGUCAUAAGAAAGUGGCUCCUGCUAAGCGACCCAGAGGACCACAGCUCCGGGGCCAAAGGUUACCUGAAGGUCAGCGUCUUCAUCGUUGGAGCAGGGGACGAACCACCGGUUGAUACAGGGGAGGCCGGGGGUGAGGAGGAUGACAUAGAGAGUAACCUGCUCCUGCCAGCCGGGCUGGCCCUGCGCUGGGCUACGCUGUCCCUCAAGGUGUUCCGGGCGGAGGACGUUCCCCAGAUGGACGAUGCAUUCCUCCAGAGCAUGAAGGGGAUCUUUGGGGAAAGCCCGGGCAAGAAGAACCUGGUGGACCCUUUCUUGGAGGCUUCCUUCGCUGGUCAGAAGUUGUGCACCUCCGUCAUGGAGAAGAACACUAAUCCAGAAUGGAACCAAGUGCUGAGCCUUCAAGUCAAGUUCCCCUCCAUGUGUGAGUGCAUCAAGUUGACCAUAAUGGACUGGGACCGGAUGACCCGGAACGACGCCAUUGGAACCACCCACCUGAACCUGGCCAAGAUCGCUUCUUCUGGAGGGGAGAUCGAAGACACACAUUCAGGAAACGGUGAUUCCAACACAGGGGAGUCUGAGGUGGGCUUCCUGCCUGCCUUCGGGCCCUGCUACAUCAACCUCUACGGCAGCCCCAGAGAGUUCACGGGUCUGCCUGAUCCCUAUGCCGACCUCAACUAUGGCAAGGGAGAGGGUGUGGCCUACAGGGGCAGGGUUUUGGUUCAGCUCUCCACCCAGCUGGAGGGGAAAGCAGACAAGGCUGUGGACGACAUCAGCAGCGACCACAUCCUGGUGACCCAGAAAUACCAGCGAAGGAGGAAGUACUGCCUCUGUGCGGUCUUCCACAAUGCCAGCAUGAUCCACGAUCCUGGCGAGCCAAUCCAGUUUGAGGUCAGCAUCGGUAACUAUGGAAACAAACUGGACAACACCUGCAAGCCGUUCGCCUCCACCACCCAGUACAGCUGUGCAGUGUUUGACGGUAACCACUACUACUACCUGCCCUGGGCGGCCACCAAACCAGUGGUGGUCGUGAACUCGUUCUGGGAAGACAUCUCCCAUCGGCUGGACACCAUCAACAUCAUCCUCUUCAUCACCCGGCACCUGAUAUCGAACCUGGAUCUCCUUAAAAACACCAUCAGUGCCAAAGCCUCAGACAGAGAGCAGGUGGAGGUUUGGGUGAAGUUACUGACUCAACUCGAAGAAGACCUAGAAAGCUAUCCACUGCCCGAGCUGGUGGGCCAGCCACACCUGACCUCUCUGGACCUCCAGCUGAAGAAGCUCCGAGACAGCGCCAUGGCAACCAUCCGAGGGGCAGCCGGGCAGAUGAGGGAGGACACCAAGCAGAUCAGAGACUGCGUGGCAGACAUAGAGGGCUGGGUGGAGAAACUCACACAGCUGGCUGAGGAGCCUCAGAACAGCAUGCCAGACGUGUUCAUCUGGAUGCUGAGAGGGGAGAAGAGGGUGGCCUACAGCCGAGUCCCCGCCCACCAGGUGCUGUUCUCCAGGCACAGCGAGCAGGCCUGUGGGCAGUUCUGUGGAAACACUCAGACCAUCUUCAUGCAGUACCCCAUGGACAAGAACAAGGGGCUCAAGGUGCCGGUGCAGAUCAGGGUCAACAUGUGGCUUGGCCUGUCCUCAGAGGAGAUGAAGUUCAACUCCUUCUCAGAGGGAACUUUCAGUGUCUUUGCUGAGUUGUAUGAGAACCAGGCUGAGUUGUUCGGGAAGUGGGGAACCACUGGACUAGUGGGGCGCUACAAUUACUCAGACGUCACUGGCAAGAUGAAGCUGAAGCAGCAGUACUUUUUGCCCCCUAGGGGAUGGGAGUGGGAAGAGGAGUGGUUUGUCGAUCCCCAGAAAAGUCUGUUGAAUGAGGCGGACGCAGGACACACAGAGUUCAUGGAAGAGGUGUUUGAGAACGAGACCCGCUACCCUGGAGGGGACUGGAAGCCCGCCUCAGAACACUACACUGAUGUGAACGGGGAGAAGAACCAGAGUCUUGAAGAGUUUGCUCUUCCCGAGGGGUGGAGCUGGGAGGACAGGUGGGGAGCAGACCUGAACAGGGCCGUGGACGAGCAGGGAUGGGAGUAUGGGGUGACUAUUCCCACAGAUGACAAGCCUCGGUCGUGGGCGCCCGUGGAGAAGAUGUACCAUGUCCACCGCAGAAAAAGGAUGGUCCGCCCCCGCAAGAGGGCAGAGCCCCCUGCUGGUGGCGCUGCAGAGAAACGGGACAGAGGUGACCCUGAGGGCUGGGAGUUCUCUUCUCUGAUUGGCUGGAAUUUCCACAGGAAGGAGCGUUCAUCGGAUAGAUUCCGUCGCAGGCGCUGGAGUAGAAAGAUGGCACCGGAAGACCGUCUGGGAGCGGCGGCCAUCUUUAAACUAGAGGGAGCAUUGGGUGUGAACACAGAGGAGAAGGAGAGCUCUGACAGCACGAAGGCAUUCGGAGCCAACACACCCACUGUGUCCUGCUCUUUUGACAAUGUGUUUGUCUACCAUCUCCGUGUGUAUGUCUACCAAGCAAGAGAGCUGGCGUCCAUGGACAAAGACAGCUUUUCUGAUCCGUUUGCACACGUGUCCUUCCUGCACCUGAGUAAAACCACAGAGAAGCUGAAGUCCACGCUGAACCCCACCUGGGACCAGACCCUGAUCUUCAACGACCUGGAGAUCUACGGGGACCCUCAGAGUCUGGCCCGCGACCCCCCCAAAGUGGUGCUGGAGUUCUACGACUAUGACCAAGUGGGUAACAAUGAGCUGCUGGGCCGGACGGUGUUCCCUCCCCUGGUGGAGCUGAGCUCCAACGGGGACCGGACCCCCAAGCUGCUGUGGUACCCCAUCAUGCAGAAGGGUCACAGGGCAGGGGAGGCCCUGCUGGCAGCCGAGCUCAUCCUCAAAGACAAGAAUGCUCCGAUAGACCUUCCUCUGGUUCCUCCAAUGAGAUCUCUGAACCUCUACAUGGUCCCGCAGGGGAUACGACCUGUAGUGCAGCUCACCGCUGUGGAGAUCCUGGUGUGGGGGCUGCGCAACAUGAAGCCCUACGAGCUGGCAGCCGUGUCCUCCCCCAGCCUGGUGGUGGAGUGUGGGGGUCAGAGGGUGGAGUCGGCCGUCAUCAGGAACAUGAAGAAGAGCCCCAACUUCCCCAGCUCUGUGCUCUUCAUACAAGUGUACCUGCCCAAGGAUGAGAUGUACACGCCGCCCAUCGUGCUGAAGGUGAUCGACCACCGGCCAUUCGGCAGGAAGCCGGUGGUGGGCCAGUGCACCAUCUCGUCCCUGGAGCGCUUCCGCUGCGACCCCCACGUCAUCACCGCCGAGGGCAGCAUGGCCAACAAGAUGUCUCUGAUGUCCUCUACUGCCCCUCAUCUUUCCAUCUCCAUGGACGAGAACAGGCCGCUGCUAGAGGCUCAGUUUAUGCACAGUAUGUCAGCCGCACUCGACAAAAUGGCGACCCCUGCUUCCCAUUUUAUUGCAGAAAAGGAGAAGGAGACGGAGGACUGGUGGAGUAAGUUCUACGCGUCCAUGGGAGAUCGGGAGCGAUGUGGAGUGUACUUGCAGAAGGGAUACGACACGCUGGAGGCGUACGACAACGAACUGGAGGACCUGCCGGAGUUCAACGGGCUGACGGACUUCUGCGACACCUUCAAGCUGGAGCGAGGCAAGAAGCAGAGCAAGGACGACGACCCCGACGUGGUGGGAGAGUUCAAGGGCUCCUUCAGGGUGUACCCCCUGUCUGAUGACCCCGGGGUGAUGGCUCCGCCCAGGCAGUUCAGAGAGCUGCCCGACAGCGGGCCGCAGGAGUGUCUGGUGCGGGUCUACAUCAUCAGGGCCAUAGACCUGCAGCCCAAAGACAACAACGGCAGAUGUGAUCCAUACAUUAAGAUAACCCUCGGGAGGAACAGAAUCGAUGACAGUGACCACUACGUCCCAAACAACACCAACCCUGUGUUUGGAAAGAUGUUUGAGAUGUCGUGCUACCUGCCUCAGGAGAAGGACCUGAAGAUCUCCGUGUACGACUACGACCUCCUGACCCGGGACGAGAAGGUGGGCGAGACGGUGAUAGACCUGGAGAACCGCUUCCUGUCCCGGUUCAACUCCUACUGCGGCCUGCCACAGACCUACUGCAUAUCUGGGGUCAACCAGUGGCGGGACCAGAUGAAGCCGUCUCAGAUCCUGGACAACGUGGCCCGUCUCAAAGGGCUGUCCAAACCCAGGACUGAGGACAACGGCAACACGCUCACCUUCAUGGGCAGAGACUACACCCUGGCCGAGUUUGAGGCCAACAAGGAGGUGCACCACCACCUGGGCCCGGCCCGCGAGCGCAUGUGUCUGCACGUGCUCAGAACCCAGGGGCUGGUCCCGGAGCACGUUGAGACCCGGACCCUGUACAGCAGCUUCCAGCCCUCGCUCUCCCAGGGACGACUCCAAAUGUGGGUGGACGUCUUCCCCAAGAGCCUGGGCGUGCCCGGCCCUCCCUUUGACAUCACCCCACGCAAGGCCAAGAAAAACAUCCUGCGGGUCAUCGUGUGGAACACCACCGACGUCACCCUUGAUGAGAAGAGCAUCACCGGAGAGCACAUGAGUGACAUCUACGUCAAGGGCUGGAUGCCAGGCAUGGAGGAGGAAAAGCAGAAGACGGACGUCCACUACAGGUCACUGGACGGAGACGGGAACUUCAACUGGAGGUUCAUCUUCAACUUUGACUACCUGCCCGCGGAGCAGCUCUGUCUGGUCUCCAAGAAGGAACAUUUCUGGAAUCUUGACAAAUCAGAGUUCAGGAUUCCUCCCAAGUUGAUCGUUCAGAUAUGGGACAACGACAAGUUCUCAUUGGACGAUUACUUGGGUGUGGUGGAGCUGGACCUGCGCUCCCUGAUCCCUCCCGCCAAGACGCCAGAGAAGUGCAGCAUGGAGAUGAUGGAGCGCGGCCCGGACAAGAGCAAGUCUCAGCAGGCCCAGUCCCUGCUGGCCCAGAAGUCGGUGCGCGGCUGGUGGCCCUGCACCAUCGACAAGGACGGCAAGAAGGAGCUGGGCGGCAAGGUGGAGAUGACGCUGGAGAUCGUGGGUGAUGAGGAUGCAGAUGAGAAACCGGCUGGAAAGGGCCGGGAUGAGCCCAACAUGAACCCCAGACUAGAACCCCCCAAUCGGCCAGACACCUCGUUCUUCUGGUUCACCAGCCCCUGCAAGGCGAUGAAGUUCAUCGUGUGGCGCCGCUUCAGAUGCCUCUUCAUCAUGCUGAUCCUCCUGGUUAUCGUGGGGCUCUUCCUCGGAAUCCUCCUGUACUCCUUGCCGAACUACAUUUCUAUGAAGAUAGUUAAUCCAAUGGGUUAAGGAACUACGGCGACGAUCCAUAAUCUUCACCAAACGACCAAAGAAUAUGAGAAAAGGACCUCUAUGUGAACAAUAAUUCCUCUGUACCGCCUUCUCCAAGCCAAUUUCUUAUAGGUUGUACACGACCACUGUAAAUAGAAAAUGACAUACCAACUGUAAACUUUUUUUAUUUUUACGGCCACGUGGGAAGGGAUGAGUUUUAUGCAUGAAGAGAAAGCAAAUCAGGAUGGGAUUGCUUAAAUUGUGUAAUGCUGAUUGAAUCACCACCUAUUUUUGAUGAAUAAAAAUGUAUAAAAAAAAA